CCAGACAGCUUCCCUCGCCUCGCCGACAUGGCCCUCUCCGUCGUCGCCCUCAGCAUUGGGACCCCCGCGCUGCACACCAUCCACGGCCACGACACCCUGACCUCCAUUGUGCGCACCCCUUUCGACGGGCCUCUCACCCUGGACCCAGACCAAGGCAUCGCUCACCACCGCUCCGCCAUCCACAACGCCCAUGUCUACGCCUUCUUCUCCCACCACUACGACUUCUGGACCGCCCGCCUGGGCAUUGCCCGCGCCUCCUGGGAUUGGUGCCACUGGGGCGAGAACCUGACUCUCGCUGCACAAGACACUUCGCUCAACGAGACGGCUGUCUUCGUUGGCGAUGUCUGGGAGUUCCAGGACGGUCCUGUCCUGCAAGUUGCUGGCACUCGUGUGCCCUGCAGUCGGCUCGCAUGGCGAUGCGGCCAGACGGGCGACUGGCUGUCCGACGUGGCCAAGUUGGGCUUUUGCGGUGUUUACCUGCGCGUGCUGCGACGAGGACAGCUACACGCCGGUCAAAAAGCACGCAUCGUGCCGUCUGCUGGUCCCCUAAGAGUGCCUGUUUCCGACAUCCCGUCGUCCAUGUUUGCUCCUGUCUCGGACCCGGCCACCCGUGAUCGUGUUCAGCGCAUCUUGCAGCAUCCAGAUCUGGAAGACAUGAAUCGGCAGUCCCUGACACGCAAGCUCUCCAUGAUACAGGACCAAACUCUUGCUGGGAGAAAUGCCUGGAAAGGCUGGCGGAAACUGCGCAUAACAAGCGUGGUGCAAGAGUCUGCCGAUGUUAAUUCGUUCUAUCUCGAGGCAGCAGAUGAAUUGCCGUUGGCUAGCUUUGUGCCUGGUCAAUUCCUGACCAUACGUCUUCCCUCAGGUCUCGUGCGAUGCUGGUCACUCUCUUCAUGGUCUGGAUCACAAGCAGACCCCCGUUUCUACCGCAUUAGCGUCAAGAAAGGACCCAACGCGUCUCGGUGGCUCCAUGACUCGGGUCUUGAAAACGUGUCUCUAGACGUUCGCAGCCCAGCUGGCUUUUUCACUCUCGACCUCAAACCGCAGUAUCCCCCACGUCAAAUCUACAUCUCUGCUGGCAUCGGCAUCACAGCCCUGCUACCUAUGGUCCAAGCCCACUUUGAUCACGAAACGUUCCGCCGCACGCCCGCCCUCUGGGUCCGUGUCGCCCGCGACGGAUCCACGUCGGGCCUCUUAUCAAGUGACAUGCCCAGAAACGAAUACACCAAAGAGUUUUUGGUAUGCAAAACCUUCUUCACGCAUCCUCGAUUAUCCAUGGACACCAUAGGUCAGAACCAUGACUAUGUCGGCAGACCAACUCAAGAUGCAAUCUCCGAGCUAUUGCGCGAUCCCUACUUUAUUGAUCCAAUGCGCAUCACCCCCAUUCAGAUACCGGGAACUGUGGGUACCGCCUAUAUCUGCGGACCCCCUUCGUUUUGCGAAGAUAUGCGCUCCCUUCUAUUGCUGGCAAAGUUUCCCGCACACUCAAUUCACACGGAAUCAUUCUCGGUGCAAACACCUUCUUUGUCAUCCCUUUCCAGCAUUGUCCCAGAAAAAGCAGUCGUGAAUUUCACACGCUCAGACACAGAAUCUGUAUGGAGAGAAGGAACCCAUUCCAUUCUUGAGUUAGCCGAGAAUCAGGGGCUUCAACCUGAGUACGGAUGCAGGUCCGGAUCCUGUGGCAGCUGUGAGGUGAAAUUGAAAAAGGGAACGGUGCGAUCAUGGAGUGGGCAGGCCGAGAACGAUCAGUCUGAUGGUAUGGUAAGAAUCUGCUCAGCAGUACCAACGAGUCGUCUUGUAGAAUUAGAGUUUUAG